CUAAAAUAUAUUUAUUCUAGUUUCCUUUCUUACUGGAAAGGGUUCCAUUUCAGCCUUUAUAUACUCCCUCCCCUCUCUCUCUCUCCACUUCGCCGAUCGUUCCCCUGCAGCUAUUUCCGGUUUCCUUACAAUAUUUCACCUCGUCUCCGGCGACUUCGAAAUCACUCCGGUCGUCUGCGAUCUCUCAAACACCUCCAUACUGUGUCAUUUUAUGAGCCAGUGAUUUCUGAAGCCUGAGUAGAUGCCAGUUGCAAAACUCAGGUCUAGCAGCAAAACAGACGCCAUGAAAUCAGAGGAGGGGAAUGAUUCCCUUGACACUAUCAUCAGACAGGCAAUUGGAAAAGAGCCUCUGCUUUCUUUCCCAAGGACAGGGGACAGCCCAGUGCAGUGGAUCCAAUUACUUCAUGCCUUAGAUCAGCAAGAUCUCCCGGGUUGGCCCUUGUUGUCUCCUUUGAAAAUUCAAAUGCAGAAGUGUGAGAAGUGUUCUCGGGAAUUUUGUUCACCCAUCAACUACAGGAGACAUAUACGCGUGCACCGCCGCUCUUUAAAUGUUGACAAGGAAUCUACAAAAAAUAGGGAUUUAUUAGGAGCAUUUUGGGAUAAGCUGUCUUUGGAUGAGGCCAAGGAAACUGCGUCAUUUAAGGAUGUCACUCUAGAGGAUGUUCCUGGGUCUUCAAUCAUAAGAGCUUUGACAUCAUUUAUCCGCAAACCAGGAUUUUGCAUGCUUCCACAAGUUUAUGUGAAGGCUGGCUCUGCACUUUUGGAUAUCGUCCAAGCUAGACCUUCCAGACUUCCAAUAUCUUCCCAGGAAUUAUUCAGUAUCCUUGACGAUGCAAGUGAGAGAACAUUCUUAUGUGCUGGCACAGCUGAAUCGAUGCAAAAAUUUGUUUUUGAUGGGGAAGCUGGGAAAAUUGGUCUUGAGAUGAAGAACUUGGUUGCUUGCACCAGCUUCCUUGUUGAACAGAAACUGGUCAGAGCAUGGCUUGCUGAUAAGGACGCUGAAGCUUUAAGAUGCCAAAAGUUGCUUGUGGAGGAGGAAGAAGCUGCUCAGAAAAGGCAGGCUGAGCUGUUGGAAAGGAAAAAACAGAAGAAGCUUCGGCAGAAGGAGCAGAGAGCAAAGGAGCAAGCAAUUGCAGAGAAGGCAGAUUUAAAUGUCACUAUUGAUACAUUUGAGAGUCCUCCUGCAGAAAUAUCCAGCCCUACAGCUGCAUAUGAAUCCAGUUCAGAUGCUGUAGAUGCUUCAUCUGAUCAUGUUCCCUCACUCCUUGAACCUGUCUCAUUUUCAAACAUUGAAGAAGAUGCAGAUACUGAAGCUCAGUGUGGAAUUAGCAUUGAACAUUCUGAUUCUGCAACUUGUCAGAAUAUUGAACGACAAAUUGUUCAGGGAUAUGGUCGUCGGCAUUUAGUUAUUGCUCGAUGGCAGGUGCAGAAACCACAAAGGAAUGGAAGAAAUGGCUUCCAUGCAAUUCAGAAUCAAAUAUCGAAACUUGAGCCGGCAAGAAAGCACGGUGCUCCCAGGGAUCUAAGGGCUACUCCAGCAGUCAAUUGCAAUAAGGUUUGGACGAGGAAACCUAAAUCAGAAAAUGAUGGGGAGACUUCAAGAACCAGAUUACAGGGAGAGACAAUAAACCAAACAGAUACAAUAAAGAACUGUGAGGUGAUGAUUGGUUCUAUAACUGUGACACUAGGAAAUUGUACUGCUCAGAAACUGGUCCAUGACAGAAAUAGUAGCGUAGAGCAUGCAAUGCCAAGGAAGAAUAAUGUUCAGGAGAAACACAUAAAGGCUGAUUCUGUUCAGAACGGCACAAGCCGAUCCUUGGUUAAACGUUGGAGGCAAGUGAGUCGGCAUGAUUCUGGAGGUGCAGUGCCUGUUCAAAGUGGCAAUCAAGAAUUUGAAGGGGAUGUGAUAAAUGGAGAGAGCAAUUGUAGAACACUGCCCAGUGAAAGCUGUCUAAGGUCUUCUGCUGUAGACAGUGGUAGUGAGAGUGGCACCAAUUCUCACUCACUAUCAGAAGAAGAUGCGCAGCCAGAGGGCCUGCUGUUCUCCAGCCGUGCUGCAAAAGAUUUUCUUGCACAGAGAUGGAAGGAGGCUAUCAUGGCAGACCACGUAAAAUUAGUCCUAUCCCCAGAAUCUGAACCUCCAGGAUGCCCCAACAACCAUGAUGAUAUUCAAGUAGUAGCCUCAUCAUCAUCAGAUCGCAAAGGUAAAAUUCCUGACAAUGCAGAGAACCGGGUGGCUGAUGCGGGGGAUCUUGAGUAUUUAACCACCGGAACUACCAAAUUUGAGUGUCGGUUGAAGCCUGAGAAGGGCAUUAAGAUAAAGUACAUUCCAAAACAGAGAACAGUCGCCUGAAAAAGAAGGAAAGAUACAAAUUUUUUUUUUUUUUUUUGGUUAUACCAAGUUUGACCCAACAGCAUGGUUACAUUGUUAGCAGAGGUUCCAGUUUUACCAAUGGUCUUCUGUCAGAAGAAAAUUGAAGAAAGGUUUUUCCGGAAAGUAAUUUAUAGUUCCGUCCUUUUUUCUUUCUUGGGCUGUCAUGACAUUCUGGUUGGUGAGGUUUUUGCUCAUUGUCUAGAUAUUCUGUAAUAAAUUGAGGUAUUAGGUUCAUUUGCAGAUGUCCGCCCAAGCUAUCUAUUUUAGCCAUUUGUGAUCUCUUAUGUUUUGCCAAUCAAACAGUGCAUGAAUAUGAUCAUUGAUGAUUCAAAAUAUUUUUUUCAGCUGAUGAA